GAGAGCAACGGCAGUGAUUCUCCGUGUGAGCCAGAGGAGAGCGUGACUCUUGCUGCUUCUGAACUGGACACAGAGUCCAUCACCAAGACUGUGACAAGUUCCCUCACGAUGCAGGAGUAUUUUGCACAGCGAAUGGCCCAACUGAAAAAAGGUCGGGGACAGGCACAGAGUCAGACAUCCACAGAGGAGACAGAGACCAAUGAGUUGUCUGGUCCAUCUGAGGAAUCCAGUUCCAUCUACAGUAGCAACAAGGAUAUGGAGGAGCCCAAGACGAAGAAGAAGAAGAAGAAGAAGAAGAAGAACAGGGCUACAGAUGAGUCUGAAGUGGUGGAAGAGAACUCUAGUACUCCCAUUGUUGUGGAAGUUAUUGAGAACCAGGAGCACGACGGUUUAAAGAAGAAGAAGAAGAAGAACAAGAGGAAAUUGGAGGAAAAUGAAGUUGCUGUAGACAAAACCUGCAGCUCCACCUCUGGUGUGGAGCAGAACUGUGAGGAGCUUCCUCCUUCCAAAAAGAAAAAGCUUAAAAAGCAACAGAAACAGGAAAACGGAGAGGAGGUGAAUGAUAUUGACGAUGGUCCAGCCGAGGAGGUGGUAGUUGUUAAGAAAUCCAAGAAGAAGAAGAAGAAGAAACAUCAAGAAUAGUUUGAAGUCGGGGGUUAAAACAAUCCUUCAGUUCUCAUUGAGCUGUUGUGGCUCAAUGGAAUGGCCUUUUAUGAGUGAAUCAGUGCGUUUAUAAACAACACUGUUACUCUACGGUGAGAAAGUGAGGGUUUGAUAUUUGAUCAAGCUGCACAGUGAAGCCACAGACUUGUACAAGUGGACACUGGGAUUUAUUAUUCCUGCAGAUAAAUGCAGUUUGACUGAAGCCGACAAACUGUUUCAAACAACCCUCUUUAAAUGAAUUGGAUCAAGCUAAUGUGCUGCAUUUUAUACAAGUCUGUCUCAUGAGUUAAACAGUCGGAUUUCCUGUUAUUCUUCAAUCAUGUAACCUGUCAAAAUGCUUUCAAAUGUUGACAUUGUGUAUGAUUCAAUUUUUAAUACAUUAUCAUUGAGCAACAUUUCAGAGGCUUUUGUUAUACUUAAGCAUUUGUGACACAUAUGAGUGUUGAAAUUAAUUGUAUCUUGAUAGUAUUUCAAGCAGCACAUAGAAAACUGCAUGCGAUUAGAAAUACAUUUAAUAAUGAAUUUACUUGCAGCAUUUAGUUAAAUGCUGUAAAUCAAAUGUUUCUGUGUUUUUUGUUUUACUUGAAAAGGGUUGGAUUUAUAAAGAUAUAAAAUGUAGACUGGAUUAGGCAAUUCAAGCUGCUUGUAAUCUAAGAAAAGACAUCUGAAAAUAAAAGACACUUACCAUUUCA